AUGGUGAAGAACAAGCCGUUCAACCCUACGAGUUUGAUUUACUUCACUAAUCGUUACGUUGGACUCCUUGGAGUGAUUUGUCUCAUUUACUAUGAUACUAGCUUCAACGUCAACAUUUUGAGCCUGAAUUAUUCAUUCACAGCUGUCGGGCGACUUACUGGACCAUUAACGUAUGCGAGUAAGUAUGAUAUACCACCAGAAGAAGACUGGCUGAAGAUCUUGGCAGACAAGACACUUUCGAUCUGCCUGAAGGUUCUCCUUGCUGUAGAAGCAUGCCUUGGACUUGCAUUUCUUAUUCCUGCCGAUCUAUUUGAAGAUGUUACUGUUGGUAUACUUGCACAGAGUGUCACUUAUUGCGGGAUAAGCAGAGAUCCUCCAAAAGUGCUGAUCACCAUCUCAUGUCGAGUCUAUGUUGCCAAUCAAUUCGUUGCGCUUCUUCUGAAUGCUGCUGGAAACCCGGCACUUCUGUGCGUCCUCGGAAGCCAUCUUCUUAUCAAUUUGAAAAAGGCAGGCGAGCUGGGAGUGAACGAGGGAACAAAUUACAGAUCAAGAGCUGUAAGCGACAUUGAAUUCGCCCAUGGUGGCCCGGUAGCAGCCUCAAACGAGGAAGGCACAUCAAGCGUUUGA